GCAGAUUAUUACUUCAUUUAACACAAACUAUUAGCGCAAGCACAGUGAAUGAUCUGAAAGCUGCAUCGAUUACGAAAUGGGUGACGUUUUGUUUGAGAUGGAAGACAAUCUCAAAUCCAAACAGGCCAAGUUGACGCCUGAAGAGGCAAAGGUUCUCGCAGCUUGCAAGUCUAAGGCUGUGAGGGCGUUCACAUAUGGAGGUCUUGCUGCUGGUGUUGUAACCUGGACAGCAACUUCAAGGCUGAGUAAGAUGAUCCAGCUGAACCUUACAGGAGGAGCUGCUGCUAUGUUUGGACUGUGGACAUUUUCUAAAGCCUUAGAUUCAUGUGCUGAGCAUAUUCUUGCAUUGGAUGGGAGCCGGUUACAGGCAGAGUUAGCAACUAUAAUGGUUACAAAACAUCAGAAUGAUCGCCACAGGAUGCAGCUUAUCUCUAAGCAGUUCUUUUGUGAGGAGGUUUUUGAUGAUUCGACCUCAGGCCGUCCGAAAAUAAGGUGGCGUUAUCGGAAUUACUUUAGUGAUAAUGUUUCCCUUGGUCAAAGAACACAUGAUAGCGACUCCUACGGUAACUCCCAAACUGAUUCAGACAGUGUUUCUCAUGGUGACUAUCACAAUUCCUAUGAUGUCAAGUCCCGAAGUGGCAUCCGGACUGACUCUAACCAAAGACAGAUCAAUUUUGACCCGAGACAAGUUCCUAUGAACUCCAGUGUUGGGACAGACCCUUUUGAAGAUAUAUUUGGUUAUCAAUCACCACAGGAGGAGCUCCAACUUCCAGACACAUCCAGUCAGUCUAAUGUUUCCCCAAAAGUACAGGCUCGCAACCGCAGACGAUCACAGCACAAGCGUCGCUCGUAUCAACAGGAAGACUCAUCAAAUCUCCAACAUGAGUAGCUGUGAGUUGGGUUAUGAUCGACUACUGAAGAAGAUCACUGCAUAAAAUUUUGAAAUACUUUAUCUAAUGUUUUAUGAGCUUGACAGCCUUUACAAUGAAGGGUAUCGGACUAUCUGCCAUCAUAACAAUAGUAUCAGGCAUCGCUGUGAAAUUAUUGUUUCAUCAGUCGUUGGUUUAUAUCCAAGCUCUACGAACACUUAUGAUGAGUGCUUCAAUAAGGUUACUGAAAAGCUAGUAUUGUGAUUAUAUUGCAGCUAUAACAAAUUUCAUGGUCACCAAAGUCUUCAGUAUGACACUAAUCCUCUA